GAUGCCGGUGCCAGUGCCCCGAGAUGUUCCCCACAACGAUCAGCGGCGCCGCCAAGGUGUUCCGCUACCAGCACAUUAUGCCGGCACCCAAUCCGGGCCAGGAGAUGAUCCAAAGCGGCGGCAGCUCCAUGCCCAUCAAGACGCGCAAGUAUACGCCGCGUGGCAUGGCUCUGGAGCGAUCUUCUGCCUCGUCCUCAUCCUCAUCAUCGUCGUCGUCCUCCUCGUCGUCGGUGAUGGGAGCUGGCGCACCGUACAACGUGGACCAGUCGCAGUCCGUGCAGCGGCGCAACGCCCGAGAGCGCAACCGCGUUAAGCAGGUGAACAACAGCUUCGCCCGAUUGCGCCAGCACAUCCCCCAGUCGAUCAUCGCCGACCUCACCAAGGGAGGUGGCCGGGGGCCGCACAAGAAGAUCUCCAAGGUGGACACGCUGCGCAUCGCCGUGGAGUAUAUCCGCCGGCUGCAGGAUCUCGUCGAUGACCUGAAUGGUGGUGCGCCCGCCAGCUCCAGCGCCGCCAGUGCCGUUGUCAGCCAGCUGCAGCUCUGCCUGGACGAGGAGACCUGCAGCAACAGCUCCAGCAGCUCCGGGAGCAGCAGCCACGGCAGCCACCACCUCUACUACAGCAGCUCACUGGCAGCGGCAACAGCAGCAGCAGCAGCAGCGGCAGCUGCCACAACUACGACAACAACUGCGCUGCAGCAACAGCAGCAGCUACAGCGCCAGCAGUUCCCCCAUCAGCAGCCACUGACCCCCAUCUCGCUGAACAGCAACCUGGCCGGAGUGGCAGUGGGCGUGGGAGCCGUGGCAGGUGGUGCCACCAUUACCGGGCAGACGACGGCCUGCCACUCGCCCACCUCCUCGUUCAACUCAAGCAUGUCCUUCGACUCGGGCACGUAUGAGGCGGCGCCACAGCAGCUAUCUGCCCCACAUAUGGAGCUGGACAUGGAACUGGAGCCGGAGGCUCAUGCUGCCCAGCUGCAGCUCAAGUUUGAGCCAUACGAGCACUUCCAGCUGGACGAGGAGGACUGCACACCCGACGACGAGGAGAUCCUCGACUACAUCUCCAUGUGGCAGGAGCAGUGAUCUGCUUCAAAUUUCCCCUCCCGCAUCCUGUUCUCAUCUAGUCAAUGAUUGAGUUGAACCAAGUGCCUCAAAUUGUAAAUAGACUCAGUUCUUAUAGUGUUCCAUUUAGAAAUAUUACACACAACAUUUUUUCUUUUUUUUUUUUUGCGCCUAGAUUAAGAUGAUAAUUUUUUUUGUUAGCUUAAGAAAAACCAGAAACCACGACACACCAGUAUGAAAAUGAAAACUCCUA